AUGCCUCUCGCCGGAAGUUGCAUGUGCGGUGCGAUCAAGUACGAAAGCAGCAGCGACCCUGCCGUCACUGCUCUUUGCCACUGCACAGAUUGCCAAAAGUGGACUGGAGGCCCUUACACCUCCAACGCCGUAGUCCCCGCCGAUUCCUUCCAGGUCACUCAAGGAACCCCCACUCACUACGAUGUAACGGGCGCCUCCGGCAAGAACAACCGCCACUUCUUCUGCUCGACGUGCGGCUCCAGCCUGUAUACCAAGCUCGAUGUCAUGGAGGGCAUGGUCGUGAUCAAGGCCGGUGGACUGGACAACGGCGGUGCCGCUCUUGGAAACAAGAUCGCCGUGGAGUUUUACUGCAAGGACCGUGUUCCUUAUGCCGCGCCUGUGGAGGGUGCCAAGCAAGAGUCUCAUUUUGGCUCGUGA